AUGUCGCUGUCAAAAGGCUAUGGUGUUACUGAAGAGGUGAGAGAAAGAUUUAUCGAGCUUUUGGCCUACUACAAAAGAUUUUGGAUCGAAAAAAUAGGAACGAAAAGGUGGUCACAGUUUUUUGUUGAAAAUAGAACAAAGAACUUUUGUGAGGGGUUCCACAAUGGAGUUGGAUUGAGUUUCCAAAUAGCACACCCGAGUUAUUUACUUGGAAAAUUUGAAACACAAGUAAUGUACUUGGACGAAAUAGCAAAGAUGAACAUGGAAUACAAUUUCAAAACAAAAGCUUCUCGUCAUAAUAUUUCUAAUACUGCUAUUACACGUUCAAAAGAACUUCUUAACGAAAUGAAUAAACUUAUUGAAAAACAAAAGGAUGUCGUUUUUGAUGAAAAUGGAAGUUCUCCGAGUACAUUUGAUUCCACACUUCCAAACAAACAAAGUGAAUUGGAAUUCGAUACAACAAUUUCUUAUGUUAACGAAUACGAAUCAUUAUCGAGUAAAACAUUAAGUAAAAUAAUGAAAAAUGAUGACGAUAGUGAAUUUUCAACAAGAAAUGAAACUCCAACAAUUAUCCAAGAUGAAAUUGAACUUAAUGAAUUUAACAAAACCGAUACAAAAAUCCGAGUAACAAGAAAACUUGCAAAAGAAAAAACAAAAGUUAAAAAAAACUUUCAACUUUAA